CGUUUGGGGUGGAGGUUGCGCGGAGGCGCGGGCUUUGGCCUGCUCCGUCGGUGCGGCGCCGCGGGCGGGCCGGUGCUGGGGCGCCGGGAUAGCAUCAGCUUGUUCAUCCUAUUUGUCUGCUUCAUCGCAACCUCUGCUUUCCCUGAAUCUGAUAUAAACAAUCUAUAUGCUCUGAGGCACACAGUCGCUGAAUCAAAAGGCUUCCUUCAGGAUUGGUUUAAUUCAGAAACUCAUCCAUGCAACUGGAAAGGUAUAACUUGUGAACGACGACACACUGUUGUGGCCAUAGAACUGUCAUCUGUGCCACUCCGUGUCCCUUUUCCGUUAUGCAUCAUGGCAUUCCGGUCACUUGGUCGCCUCCAACUAAGUACAUGUGAUUUAUCUGGUAUGAUUCCAGAAGCCUUGGGAGAUUUGCAAAAUCUUCAGUACCUGGACUUGAGCAAUAACGAGCUUACUGGGCCCAUGCCUUUCUCGUUAUAUGAUUUGAAGAUGCUGAAGGAAAUAGUGCUAGACAGAAACACAUUGUCUGGACAGUUGAGCCCUGCCAUCGCUCAGCUUCAGAAGCUCACUAAGUUAUUGAUAUCCGAGAACAACAUCUCUGGAGAACUUCCUCCUGAGCUGGGCAGUCUGAAGAACUUAGAGGUCCUGGGCUUUCACCAGAACAGAUUCAAUGGAUCGAUACCAGAAUCUUUUGGCAACCUGACUCAGCUCUUCUACCUUGAUGCAAGAAAGAAUAAGCUCACUGGAUCAAUAUUUCCUGGAAUAAGUGCAUUGCAGAACAUGCAGACACUUGAUUUGUCUUCAAAUAGUUUGGUGGGGCCAAUACCUAAUGAGAUUACUCAUCUGAAAAUGCUUGAGCAUUUAUCUUUGGGGUUCAACAAUUUCACUGGAGGGAUUCCAAAAGAGAUUGGUAACAUGAAGCACCUAAAGGAACUCUCUCUGUGUGAAUGCAACUUAUCAGGCACCAUCCCUUGGUCACUUGGUAGUCUUAGAAGCUUAACGGAACUUGAUAUAUCAGGCAAUUACUUUGAUUCGGAACUCCCAGCGUCUGUUGGUGAUCUGGGGAAUCUAACCAUCCUGAUUGCAAGGAAUGCAAAGCUCAUAGGGAGCAUACCCAAAGAACUUGGUAACUGCAAGAAGCUUACUCUUCUACGUCUGUCGUUUAAUGGCUUUACUGGCUGUAUUCCUGAAGAGCUUGCAGGCUUAGAAGGUAUUGCCCAUUUUGAAGCAGAAGAUAACAGACUGUCUGGUCCUAUUAGUGAUUGGCUUCAAAAAUGGGGAAAUGUUGUUUCUGUAAACCUGGCAAACAACAAGUUCAGUGGUUCUAUACGUCCCACCAUUUGUCAAGCCAAGUUACUGCGGUCACUCGACCUGCAUUGUAACGAUCUCACGGGGAGUAUCAAGGAGGCAUUCAAGGGAUGCAAGAACCUGGUUCAACUGGAUUUGCAAGGUAACAAUUUCAAUGGUGGGAUACCCGAAUACCUGGCUGAGCUACCGCUCAAAAUAUUGGAGUUGUCUUACAACAGAUUUACAGGAGUGUUGCCUGGAAAGUUGUUUGAGUCAUCAACCAUUUUGGAAAUGAACCUGAAUAAUAAUAUGCUUACUGGCUAUAUCCCUGACAGCAUUGGUAAACUCCACAGCUUGCAGAGGUUGAAAAUGAGCAGUAACUGCCUGGAAGGACCUAUCCCACAGGCAGUCGGUGCACUAGGGAAUUUGACAGAAAUAUCUCUUGAUGGGAAUAGACUAUCUGGGAGCAUCCCGCAAGAGCUCUUCAACUGCAGAAACCUAGUCAUGCUAAACCUGAGCUCUAAUAAUCUGACCGGACCCAUCCCGAGAUCCAUAUCACAAUUGACUUCGCUCACUGGCUUGGUUUUGUCUCACAACCAGCUCUCUGGCUCUAUUCCUGCUGAGAUAUGUGGGGGAUUCACGAACCCAACUCAUCCUGACUCAGAGUAUGUUCAACAUCAUGGCUUACUUGAUCUGUCAUAUAACUGGUUGACUGGUCGUAUCCCACCAGCGAUCAAGAAUUGUGUUAUUCUGGAGGAGCUACACCUGCAAGGUAACUUGCUGAAUGGAUCUAUUCCUGCAGAGUUUGGUGAGCUGAAGAAUAUUAGAAUUGUUGAUCUUUCUUUUAAUGCAUUAGCUGGACCGAUGUUUCCUUGGUCUGCGCCAUUGCUCACCUUGCAAGGCCUUUUUCUGUCUAAUAACCAUCUAAAUGGCAUUAUUCCUGCUGAGAUAGGCCACAUUCUUCCCAACAUUGCAGUUCUAAACUUGUCCAGUAAUGCAUUUAUGGCUACUCUACCCCAAUCUUUACUAUGCAGCAAGACCCUGAACCGUCUUGAUGUCAGUAACAAUAAUCUAUCUGGUAAAAUCCCGUUGUCUUGUACUAGCUAUGAAAAAUCAUCGAGCGAACUGGUCUUUUUCAAUGCAAGCAGUAACCAUUUCUCAGGGAGCCUAGAUGAGUCUAUCUCAAAGUUCAGACAAUUGUCUUAUCUUGAUAUCCAUAACAAUAGCCUCACCGGAAGCUUGCCAUCAGCAUUGUUCAAUCUUAGUCUUUUGUGCUAUCUUGAUGUCUCAAAGAAUGAUUUCAAUGGUGCCAUCCCUUGUGGUAUGUGCAAUGUACCAAACAUCUCCAUUGUCAAUUUCUCUGGCAACAAUGAGGGCAUGCAUUGCUUAUCGGAUUGUGCUGAAUCAAGCAUUUGUGCAGCUGAUAGUGUCAACUGUAAGGGGGCCCAUACCCCUCGUGUAAUUCUAAGAGUAGUGGCCAUUUGUGUCACUGCCACCAUUGUCGCUGUGGUUCUUCUGGUGCUUUUUCUGAGAUGGAAGCUGUUGAGAAACAGGACGUUGCCCCUUGUACCAGUCACUGCCAGUCAAUCCAGGGUUACAAUUGAGUCAAGCUUAAGGGAACCUCUGAGCAUCAAUCUUGCUACAUUUGAGCAUGCACUGCUGAGGUUUACCAUAGAUGAUAUCCUGAAAGCUACCGAUAAUUUCAACGCGGUGCACAUCAUAGGUCAUGGAGGCUUUGGAACUGUCUAUGGGGUAGCGCUCCCUGAAGGCCGGAGAGUCGCGAUAAAGAGGCUUCAUGGUAGCCACCAGUUCCUUGGUGACCGUCAAUUCCUUGCUGAGAUGGAGACCAUUGGAAAGGUGAAGCAUCAUAACCUUGUUCCCCUACUUGGCUACUGUGCUUGUGGUGAUGACCGUUUCCUAAUCUAUGAACACAUGCAUCAUGGGAGCCUUGAGAUGUGGCUGAGGGACCGAGGAAAUACUACUCCUAAAGCAAUUGGAUGGCCUGACCGUCUCAGGAUCUGCCUCGGUUCUGCCCACGGGCUCAUGUUCCUCCACCAUGGCUUUGUGCCCAAUAUCAUCCAUCGGGACAUGAAGUCGAGCAACAUUCUAUUGGAUGAGCACAUGGAACCGAGGAUCUCUGACUUUGGCCUUGCAAGAAUAAUCAGUGCGUAUGAUACUCAUGUUAGCACCAACGUUGCUGGCACGCUUGGUUACAUUCCCCCAGAAUAUGCACUGACAAUGAAAUGCACUGCCAAGGGGGAUGUCUACAGCUUUGGCGUUGUCAUGCUGGAGGUGCUCACCGGGCGGCCACCUACGGGACAAGAGGUGGAAGAAGGGGGUGGGAACCUUAUUGACUGGGUGCGGUGGAUGAUUGCCCAGGGUCGGGAAGGUGAGCUGUUUGAUCCUUCCUUACCAGUUUCAGGUCUGUGGCGGGAACAGAUGGUGCGUGUGCUUGCUGUUGCUCUGGAAUGCACUGCUGAUGAGGCAUGGAAGAGGCCGACCAUGCCAGAUGUAGUGAAGGGCCUCAAGAUGGCUCAGCUGAUGAAACCUGAACCUCACGACCUCCAGGUCCAGGGACGUGUGGUCCAGACAUGAUCUUGCCACGCACUGCUGCCUACUGCCUGUACUUCCUGGAGAUCAACCUACCAAAGGAGAUGAGCUUGGAACAUACAACCACACCCUACAACUCUUCUUCUGCUUCACAGCAUCAUCUGAAGUGGACAGUUCGUCAGUCUGUCAGGCAAAUGGGCAUGCAUGUGUUAGGGCAACGAGAAUAAGGCAGCAGACAGGAACAAAACUUUGGGCUAGAUUGGUGCACCAGCCAUGUAAUGUGUAUGCUGUUGUACUCCUGGUCCCCGUGCUUGACCAUUUAACGAUGAACGUCAACUUGUCGUCGGGUAAUAAAUUUUAUUUUGAACUUUUGACAUCCUGAUCGCGGUAUU